AUGGCUGACAAUGGGCCCGAAAAAACUGCAAACCCCUCUCCCAACGCCUAUCGCUUCCUCGCGCCCCCGGCCGUCAAUGCUCUCCGUCAGGAAGCUCGCGAUACCAGUAGUGGCAGUCCCUCUCCGCAACCAAUGUCGCGCACGAUCAGCGAAAAUAUCCGCGAAGAACGCCAAGACCUCAAGGAAGCCGCCGAGCAGACACUGAAUGUCAUCGUCGAUCUCGAUCUGGAUGGGCGCAUUAGGUGGGUUAGCCCGUCGUGGAAGGAAGUGGUGGGCACGAACGUCGAGGAUGUUGAGGGUUCGUUGAUUUCAGAGCUUCUGCUGGAUAAUAAAAAGGCUUUUGAGCAUGCGAUUGAGAGGAUGAAGAUUGAUGAUUCGAAGAGUCAUAUUGUUAGGUUUGCGGUGAGGACUGGGCCGGCGUCAUUCCUCAGGCGGGAGACCGGGGAGGCGGAGGGUGCCCAGGAGAAAGAGACAAAAAGUGAGAGCGAUGAAGACGACCAUAUUUUGAACCUCGAGGGCCAGGGGAUUAUGGUUUUUGACCGAUCCCCUAGCACAGAGAGUCAUACUAUGUGGAUGCUUCGUCCAUCUACCCAGCCGCGGGAAGUUACAAUCGAUCUUCCCCCACUCCUCGUCGAGUCACUCGGCGUUGGCGCAGAAGUACUUGCCAAUUACCUGACCGCUCUCGCGGAAGCUGGAUCUCGAGAUCCCUCCCAUGUACCUUUUCUCCCGCAAGUGCUAUGUCGAAUCUGCGAACGCCAAAUCCCUUCUUGGUGGUUCGAGAAACAUUCAGAGCUAUGUUUGCAAGAGCAUGGGGCGGAGAUGGAGGUCCAGAUGGCGCAGGACAAUUUGAAUGAACAUCGCCAUUCCAUCGUUAAGGUCUUGGAUGCCUUAGAAGCUCGCAAAAGCAGGUCAGCUUCGGUAGACUCGAGCCCCUUCUCAGGGCCCAAAGCAGAGUAUAAGAAUUUACCCAUUGGACCCUCCAUACCUUCCUCGGGCUUGACUUCGGGCUCGUCAUCCUCUUCAGGAACACCACCUCUCUCACGUGAUCCAUCAACGUCAGGUCGAGGGCAUGUUCGCACACGCUCUUCUUUUGCUGUUCGACGACCGCUUGCGCGCAUCGUGGAAUUGAUUUUGGAUCUUUGUGAUACCGCCCUGGAAAUUAAUACCCCAGCACUUAAAGAAGCGCGAACCGAGGUCGGUGAGGAAAUUCGAACACAAUCUCCCCAGUCAGAAUCUCGGAUAUCACAGGUUUUGCAGUGGCAAUCUCCCAGUAGCAAUACUCUUGAUCAAGAACAGGGUUUGGCCGCGCUCUCCGCGGACACUGAGCGUUUUGCCCGUGCCAAGGUGGAUGCUGUGUUUCGCCAUCGUCAGAUUGUAGAAUAUAGUGAGCGUAUUCGCGUCGAAUUUACAGUUCUCGUUGAGGAGUGUGUUGCUGCAGCGAUGAGUAAAGCGGAGCGCAUUACUGCUGGGGAACUAAGCGAUUCAUCGGGUUCAUGCCAUAGCGUUGUGGGAGAUUUGCAGGAUGACGGAAAAUGCUCAGCACGGUCUCAGGUCCUCGAUGCCGCGUCCAACUUGUCUUCCCGGCCAUCCUCGUUGCCUGCUCCGUCUGCAAUAACUACUACGUUACGAGUCGGCUCAGAACCUCUAUUACACUCUGCUUCCCAGUCGGAGAGACCACAACCUUCGUCUGUCGCUGUCUCGACCCGCUCCAGUAGUCCAAUGGAGUGCCCAACGCCCCGUUCGCAUAGGAGUGUUGGCGGUUUGUUAAGCCAGUCGCAGCAAUCUAAGAGAGGCUCGUUACUUGCUGAAAGUGACGCGGGGGAUAGCGAUAGCAGCAUACUGUCAUCAGUUUUCGCCGGGGCACGACGGACCGAAUCUCCAUCUUCUGAACGGGGAUUAAGUCGCACCGCAAGCUCCAAGGACCGUAAACGUCAAAGUCUUAUAUUACCAGGUAUGUCAAUGUCUCCACGCAGAGAAUCCCCCGCCCGAAAUCCACCACAUUCCCCGCUUCGAUUGUCCAAACCGCGGUUAUCUAUGGGCGAAAGCUUCACAUCGCCAAUGACGUCGCCGCUGCUCAGUAACUCUGAGCUUGCUACCCAAAAUACGCAUCCAUAUUAUCCACCACCUCCCCACCAUCAUCGUAGGUUGUCGUCUGCCACUUCUCCUGACCUGGGGAAGACUCCUGUUUCACCACAUCUUAGCUCUGUAAGUCAUCCGCCACCCCCACGGGCGGUUGCUCCUUCUAUCAAAGACUUCGAGAUCAUCAAGCCGAUUAGCAAAGGCGCAUUUGGCAGUGUCUACCUGUCUAAGAAGAAAUCAACUGCUGAGUACUUUGCAAUUAAAGUCCUGAAGAAGGCAGAUAUGGUUGUUAAGAAUCAGGUUACAAACGUCAAGGCUGAACGGGCGAUCAUGAUGUGGCAGGGUGAGAGUGAUUUUGUCGCGAAGCUCUACUGGACUUUCUCGAGCAAGGAUUAUUUGUACCUUGUUAUGGAAUACCUAAACGGCGGCGACUGUGCAUCUCUGGUCAAAGUUCUCGGUGGCCUGUCAGAAGACUGGGCCAAGAAGUAUGUUGCAGAGGUGGUUCUCGGCAUUGAACAUCUUCAUGAGAGGGGCAUUGUCCACCGCGAUCUAAAGCCGGAUAACCUCCUCAUUGACCAACGGGGCCAUUUGAAGUUAACUGAUUUUGGUCUUUCGCGUAUGGGACUCGUUGGCCGUCAAAAGCGAAUUCUCAAAAACCCGAAUGAGCCCGCACCGGAUUUACUUAAGACGGGACCCUUUACUCGCGCAACGUCAAUGACCUCGUCGCGUUCGGCCUCAUUUGAUUUUCCAUCAACUCAGUCGCCAAUCUCUACGCCCUCGAUGACUCCCGAGGUUCCUAUGCUGAUGAACCAACCAUCUUAUUUCAGCCUGAAUAAGGAGCCGCCGUUCAAUCGGGAGACGUCGAGACGAGCUUCCGGGCAUCGAAGUGAUAGCGGCGGUAGUGACAGUUUGACAGGGAUGUUUCGGGGGUUUUCAUUGUAUGAAGGUGGCGAUACACCGCAUCCCUUGUCAUUUCAACCACAGCCGUCAUUCCCUCCUCCACAACCACAGGGCCACCUCGCCGAGGAAGAGACUCAAAGUGAAGGAAGCGAUUCUCCGCACCUGUUCCCUUUACAGACGGGUGCCAGCUAUCCUACAUCCUCGGUGUCUGGUCAGCAUAGUACUCCGCCUCAGCAAUCUUUGAUGCCUCCCGCCAUGGCCCUUUUCGACCCGGAGGAUCAUAAUCGAUGUUUCGUCGGGACUCCCGAUUAUCUUGCCCCGGAAACUAUUAAUGGUGUUGGGCAGGAUGAGAUGAGCGAUUGGUGGUCUCUUGGUUGUAUACUGUUUGAAUUCCUCUACGGAUAUCCUCCCUUCAACGCGUCGACCCCGGACGAAGUCUUUCAGAAUAUCCUCAAUCGUAGAAUUAAUUGGCCUGAAGAAGCUGAUGAGCUGGUGACGCCCGAAGCAAAAGAUCUCAUGAAUAAGUUGAUGACGAUUAAUCCAGAGGAACGACUUGGUUCGAACGCAUCUGAGAAAUUCCUCAAUGGGGGUGCUGAAGUUCGCGCUCAUCCAUGGUUCGCGGAUAUCAACUGGGAUACGUUGUUGGAGGAUGAGGCGCAGUUUGUUCCCGCUCCGGAGAAUCCGGAGGAUACGGAGUACUUCGACGCCCGCGGCGCGACACUUCAAUCUUUUACGGAGGAAUUGGAAGAUCAGCUCUCUCCUCCCCCCGCUACAGGAGGACCGGAUUAUCCUGAUAGACCCCACGAUGCUCUUUACAAAGUUCGCACGCAGGCGAAUUCUCUGAAACGCGGGUUGAUGCCGCUCCAUAUCCCACCCCAUGUGCGCGAUACUCGAAGUAGACGACUUAGCGAACCUGUUCUAGCGGAUGACUUCGGUAAUUUUAAUUUCAAGAACCUGCCUGUGUUGGAACGGGCGAAUAAGGAUGUCAUUCAGAAACUACGAAUGGAGGCCAUGCAGGCACAGCAAAGGCAAAUCCCAACGAAUACAUCUGCGUCCAGCUCUGGUCCAUCGCUGGAGGGGAGUCCUCUAUUACCAAUGCCGUUGCAAAGGACCUUGUCGCAGAACAAAGCUACAAAUCGUCCAGGAUCGCCGUCUAGUCUUAGUCAGGCGAAUUCUUCGUCCCCCAGUCGGCUUUCACAGCCUUCAUCACCCCUCCUAGUACAGUUUAGUACGGGCCAGCAUCAUGAACGAAGGAAGACAUCCGGUUCCUCGUCAUUUUCCCAUCAGUCCGGCGGAUCACUGCCGCCCGGGAGUUAUCCUGAACCUCCACGUUUAUCAACCAGUUUUAAGAUGAUGUCGACUUCUGCCACCUCAUCGCCUGUUAAGUAUGUGAAGCCGGCAACGCCUUCUCCUGAUAAGUCGGGUGGUCCUUCGCAGCCGCGCCAGAGUAGUGCGCCGAAUUCGCGAUCGAGGUCGCAGACUAUUGGUUCUCAGGAUAGCGAAGCUGCGCCGUCUAAAGAGCCUUUUGCACCUGGGCACCAUAAGCGCCGGAGCCAGUUGUUUGAUAUUUCACCCUCAUCGUCUGAUAAUGAAGAUCCACGAACCAAGGCCAAGGCUCUUCUGAAGGUCCAGAGACGACGGCAGAGUUCCCGACGGAUGUCACAGAUAAAUCUUGCUGAGGGCCCAUAUUUCCGUCCCCUGGAUGUUCUGAUCUGCGAGGAUCAUCCUGUUUCGAAACUAGUUAUGGAAAGGUUGUUUGAAAAGCUACGAUGCCGCACAAUCACCGCUGUCAACGGAUCGGAGGCCAUGCGCUAUGCGCUCAGUGAAGUCCAAUUCGACAUCAUCAUGAUGGAAUUCAAACUACCACAGCUCAACGGCGCAGACGUGGCGCGUAUGAUCCGCGAUACCAAGAGCGUUAAUACACAUACUCCUAUCAUCUGCUGUACCGGCUACCUCAAAGACCUUCCGGAAACCCACCACUUCGAUGCGCUUAUCGAGAAGCCCCCAACUCUUUCUAAACUCACUGAGACCCUACACAAAUUUUGCCAGUGGAAACCCCCGCCGAAAGAUCACCAGCUCAGCCUCACAGCCCAUCAUCCCAUUCUAGCACCAGCUAGCUCCCGCUUGGCAUCCUCAAUGAUGCCACCAGAAGGCAGCCCAGGCUCCAUGUCAUCCAGUUUUGUGGCUGUCCCUACAAGUUCCUACCGCGGCUCUAGCCGCGAAGAUUCCAUUGGCAGCAGCUACUUUGGCGAUGUCGAGUCCAUGAAACAGGAAGAAUUGCCCGUCAUCAUCAGCCGGCAGGCCACGGAUGAUUGGGGAAAUUCCCAGUGUGGUGGCAGUGGUGGUGGUCUUGGUAUCUCUGAUGAGCCCAACAUCCCAAGAUCAGCUCCCAUCAUCAUGUCCUCGCCACCCCAGAUUCCAACAGUCCCCCAUGCAGCAUCCGCCCCCUCAACGGUUCUUUCCAUGGCAAUGACAACUCCCGCGGCAGGCAUGGGUGUGGUUACCCAGCGCAAUCAGCCUUCUGUCGAAGACAUUCGCACGAAGCGGGAAUCACAUGGGCGGAGAAAGUAUGAAGGCGCUGAAUCUGGUGAUGAUGAGGACGAGGAGCUCGGCAUUUCCAAUUCGCAGAGCCGGCUAAAGAGUCCUCUGGGUGCCCGGGAGAAGGGAAAGCGCUCUGGAUCCAAAUUGGGGACGGAGAUGAUGCGGACAAAUAGUCGUGGUAGUGUUGUUAGUGAUGCUGGCGAGGUUUUGAGUGGUAAUUGUGCUGGGGUGGAUGCUCCGGCCUCUACUGCUAUUACUCCCGGAAGCACCGCUCUAGGUGGCGAGGCGACACAGUCGUUAGUUGUUGGUGCACCGGGUCCGAGCGUUAACGCCGUGGAGGAAACUCUUGCUGACCUACAAAUUGCGGAUGAUGGGUUGGAAACCUUGCUGGAGGAUAGGGAGCAGGAGGAAUCAUCUGCAUUUACUGAUCCUUUUGCCACCACGAGAACCACCUUUGUUGUUCAAUCACGCCCUCAAAUACAUUCACCGCCUUCAGAAUCUAGAAAUGUAGAGUCGGAGCAGGCGGCUUCCGAUGCUCUGGGAGAGCAACGACCAGAUCCCACUUCUCAAUCUCAUCCCCUGCACACGACUACAUCACAGGUCCCACAAACCCUAUCUACCACCCCACCCCUAGUCUCAACAUCACUACAAAUCACCACUGGGUCCGCCGCUACAACAACAACCCCACCCAACACCACUGAACAACAGCGCACUCCCGUCGUCACCACCAACCCAGCCGAUUCUCCUGGUGAAGAUGUUACACCGCGCCCCGCGACUUCACUUACGAUGAGCGGAUUUAACCCAGGAAAGGCGCGUAGUACUCUUGCGCCAGAUACAUAUGGUGCUGCGGCUGGUAUUGGUUUGGUCGAUCAUCGCGUGGCCGAUGGCGAGUCUGAAGCUACACCGCGUGCAUCCGAACGUGAUAAACGGCGCGAGAAAAGUAGGGAGAGGAGGUUGAGGGGGCUGGAUUGGAUACGCCGGUCAUGA